AUGAAUAAGUUAGAAACGGGAAUUACAUGGAACGGAAUCCUAGAACGCUUGCAAGCCACUAGUGCUUCGUUGCAGUCGUCUGAUCAAGACCUCAAUACGGGAUACGCGCUUUAUGAAUCAUUAUAUGGCUUUGUCCAAGCAAUGCGAUCCACAUUUUCAGAUUUUGAGGCAAGAGCCAAAGUUCUGACUAACUGUGAAGAAUACCAGCAACAGACAUCAAGACGAAUCCACCGAAAUACAAGGUACGGCCACUUCAGCGGCUUUACUACACUCGACGACUUUGUUGAAAACCAAACGCCUGGACAACGUUUCGAAGUUCAGAUGUUUAUUGUCAUUAAUGAUAACGUACUGUCUGCUUUAACUAAACGUAUGAAAGCAUAUCAUAAGAUUACUAGUGCUUUUGAAGUUUUUCGGCAGCUAAAAUCUCCAGAAGAGAUUUUGGAAACAUUCUCAAGAAUGGUCAGUGCUUAG